AUGGUGCGCAAGGAAAUAGUGUGCAAGGAAAUAGUGUGCAAGGAAAUGGUGUGCAAGGAAAUAGUGGGCAAGGAAAUAGUGUGCAAGGAAAUGGUGUGCAAGGAAAUAGUGGGCAAGGAAAUGGUGUGCAAGGAAAUAGUGUGCAAGGAAAUAGUGUGCAAGGAAAUGGUGUGCAAGGAAAUAGUGUGCAAGGAAAUAGUGUGCAAGGAAAUGGUGUGCAAGGAAAUAGUGUGCAAGGAAAUAGUGUACAAGGAAAUAGUGUGCAAGGAAAUAGUGUGCAAGGAAAUAGUGUGCAAGGAAAUGGUGUGCAAGGAAAUAGUGUGCAAGGAAAUAGUGUGCAAGGAAAUGGUGUGCAAGGAAAUAGUGUGCAAGGAAAUAGUGUACAAGGAAAUAGUGUGCAAGGAAAUAGUGUGCAAGGAAAUGGUGUGCAAGGAAAUGGUGUGCAAGGAAAUAGUGGGCAAGGGGAUGCCAUGCUCCUCCCAUAGGUCUUAG